AAUUCUAAACGAUUGUCCCUCUGCCCGUCUUCCUCCUCUUCUCUAGCGGUCUAGCCCCAUGAGCUGGUUGGAAAAGCUAGGGCUAGGUUUUGGCAACAGAGCUACUGAAACCUCCAUGGAUUCUUCUUCUUCGUCAUCCAUCGCUCAAGACCCCGACGAUGACAUCCCCGCGCCAGGUCAGCAGUUCGCUCAAUUUGGCGCCGGAUGCUUCUGGGGUGUCGAAUUGGCUUUCCAGAGGGUUCCUGGUGUUACGAAGACGGAGGUCGGAUAUAGUCAAGGUCAUUUGCAUAAUCCGUCUUAUAGCGACGUCUGCUCGGGCACGACUCAGCAUUCGGAGAUUGUUAGGGUUCAAUAUGAUCCAAAUGAGUGCAGUUACGAGAAUUUGCUUCAAGUGUUUUGGGCUCGCCAUGAUCCUACCACGCUUAAUCGGCAGGGGAAUGAUGUUGGAAGACAGUACAGAUCUGGAAUAUACUUUUACACACCAGAUCAGGAGAAAGCUGCACGAGAAUCCAUGGAGCAACACCAGAAAGAGCUAAGAAGGGAAAUUGUUACUGAGAUUCUGCCAGCCAAAAAGUUCUACAGAGCCGAAGAAUACCACCAACAAUACCUUGAGAAAGGGGGCCGAUUUGGGACGAAGCAGUCAGCUGGGAAAGGUUGCAAUGAUCCAAUUCGAUGCUAUGGCUGAGUUGAAUAGUCCGAACACAAAGCAUGGUUUUGAUCUUUGUGUUCCGAGAUGUUAUUAAGUUCUGUGCAUUCUUCCCUUGAACUGGAGUCUCUAGUUCUGUAUGUAUUUCAAUGUCAACGUCUGUAUUUAGCUAAACGUAUCAGUACGUGAAUUAUGCCUAUUGUUGGGCGUAGUGUUAAUAAUAAGGGCAAUUUCCUUAAACUA